CGACAAGUCAGCAAGCCAACCCUCACCGCCCAGCCUGAAACUCAAGUACCUUGCAUACAAGACCAGAAGCAGUAACUUAGUCCUAUACCGAGAAACACAAACACAAACACAAGCGGAAUUGGAAUUGGAAUCGGAACCCACCUCCAUACACACCCACAAUGAGCCCCAACUUUCAAACCCCCCCUCCGACGACCUCGCCAACCAUCAAACUAAGCUACCCAUCCCCCAGCACCCUCCUCAUCACGCUCAACAACCCCAAAUCCCUCAACUGUCUCUCCACCGCCCUGCACUGGGAACUCGACGGUGUAUUCAACUGGUACGACGAUGAACCAUCUCUACGAUGUGCCGUCAUCACCGGCAUGGGCCGAGCAUUCUGCGCCGGGGCUGACCUGAAAGAAUGGAAUAAAUCCAACGAACGCGCCGCCGCAGGCGGAUCUGGUCAGCGUGUCAUGCCAUCCAGUGGAUUUGGAGCUGUGAGUCGCCGAACCGGUAAGAAACCAUUGAUUGGUGCGAUUAACGGGAUUGCCUUUGGUGGUGGAAUGGAGAUGGUGGCAAAUAUGGAUAUGGUGGUGGCCGCGAAGGCCGCGGUGUUUGCUUUGCCGGAGGUGAAGAGGGGAGUGGUGGCGAUUGCGGGUGCGUUGCCGCGGAUUGUACGUACGUUGGGAAGGCCUAGGGCGAUGGAGUUGGCUUUGACGGGGAGGACCGUCCCAGCGGACGAGUUGAUGAGUUGGGGAAUGGUUAAUGCCGUUACGGACGAUGCGCCGGUUGAUGUGGAUGUGCUGGAGAGGCCCGUCGUGAAGAAGGCGUUGGAGUAUGCUGACAUGAUUGCCGGUGUCUCUCCAGAUAGUGUCAUUGUCAGUCGGGCUGGUGUCAUUGCGGGUUGGGAGGAUGGGUCGGCCGAACAUGGUACUCAGAGUAUUGUUGAGGUUUGGCAGAGACGUCUCAACCAGGGUGAGAACAUCCACGAGGGUGUUCGUGCUUUUGUCGAGAAGAGAGCCCCUAGAUGGGUUGGCAGCAAACUCUAA